CUAAGAUCAAGUGUAGUAUCUGUUCUUAUCAGUUUAAUAUCUGAUAUGUGGGCCAUGUGCCCACAAAGAUAUUAAAUUUAUUUUUUGUGGGGGAGAGCCCGCCACGGUAGCUUGCUGCCGGGGCUCUUGCGUGUCGCCCAGGCGUUGCACUGCUGCCUGGGCCUAGCGCACCCCAACCAAGUCUGAAAGUAAAUUUUGGCUAACAUUGUUUUCAGUUAAUAACUACUAGCUGUGUAAACUACUGGUUAACUGAGAACGCUCUUGUUUUUGCUGAUUUGUUGCUGCUAGUCGCGAAGGAACAGAUAACUAGUUGUCGAUUUCUUGUCUCGGACAGGCGUGAUACGGACCGCAUCGACCCCAGGCAUCAGUGGUCUGCACAGCCUGCAGCACCACCAUCAUCCUGUAUGCUGACGGGGAAAGCUAUUCAAUUCGUUUUGGAUAAAUCCCACACACCCAGCGCCUGGGAAGAGCUGGAGCGGGAGGACAUCAAUAGUCAACAGGCAGAGAAAGGUGAGGGGAGGUAUGGCAAUGGCAGCGGAGGAAGAUGGGAGGAAAGGCAUCCCGUCUCUUCUCUCCUCCCGGGAGGAGAACAUCGCCUCCAACGUCACCGAGGUGCCGCAAUCCUCUCCCCCUCUUCGCUCCAGACCUGUCCUCAGUCCUCUCUUUUAGGGAAUGGUUAGCUCAUAGGUUGGACGCCACUUGUAGAAAUGAAGAACAUUGCUAAGAAAGACGGCGUCAAAGCUAGGCUGGUUGGGAAGAUGGAAGCAUACCAACCCCUUUGCUCGGUUAAGGACAGGAGUGCUCUCCGAAUGAUUGAAGAUGCAGAGGAGAAGGGCUUGAUCUCUCCUGGAGUUACGACACUGAUCGAGCCAACGAGCGGCAAUAUGGGGAUUGGAUUGGUGUUCAUCGCUGUUCAGAAAGGCUACAGGUUUAUCGCUGUCAUGCCCGCAAAAUAUUCACUUGACAAGCAGAUGCUCUUGAGAUUUUUGGGUGCUGAAUUGAUAUUAACAGAUCCUGCAACUGGGUUUAAGGGAAUGAUUGGCAAGGUGGAGGAGCUGAUGAAGACUAUACCAAAUUCUCACUGUCUUAAUCAAGUAACCAAUCCAGCAAAUCCAGAUGCGCACUUCAAAUGGACCGGACCUGAGAUAUGGAAGGACACAGCAGGCAAAGUGGAUACGUUUGUUGCCGCUGUUGGUACAGGAGGCACAUUGACAGGUGUAGGUAGGUACCUCAAGAUGAAGAAUCCAUCCAUAAAGAUAGUGUGCGUGGAACCUUCAGAAAGCGCUGUAAUUUCAGGUGGUUCACCAGGGUCACACAAGAUUCAGGGUACAGGGGCAGGUUUCAUACCCGAGGUCCUGGACACAUCGGUCAUCGAUGAGGUCGUGACGGUAAACACUGAGGAAGCUAUGGCAAUGGCUAGGAGGCUGGCCAAGGAGGAGGGACUGCUGGUUGGCAUAUCCUCCGGAGCAAACGUAGCUGCCUGUAUCAAGAUUGCAGAGAGAGAAGGGAACGAGAGGAAGAUGAUUGUUACCAUAUUCCCCAGCGCUGGCGAGAGAUACAUGAACUCUGAUCUCUUUGCACUUGUUAGGGAGGAAUGUGACAACAUGAGCUUUUGAUGAAUUGGGCAGCUCUCAUUUGCAUGUAACAGUUCCAGCAAAUGUGCUAUUUUUUCCUUUGUAAUAAGUGUCAGCCCAAGGUCUCUUCUUUCUCUUGGUGCUAAGCAGAGUUUGCCUUGUUGACCGAAAGAGAUGGUAUGCCAAUAAAAGCUUGCUAUCUUUUC